AUGCGCGUCUCAGCACCUCUUUGCUUGUUCUUCCUCUUCGGUCUAGCUGCGCUUGCGCAGACAGCCAGCGCCGUCGCCAUGCCAGCGAGCCCUGCUGCGUGGCGUGUCAACGACUCCCCUCCUCUUUUCGCAGGCGAGCUCGAAGGUCAAGAGGCUGUGUUGAAAAAGAGGAUGAACUACGAUUCACGGGAUGGGCUGCCUCGUUUUCCCUACGAAGAACAACAUGCUCUCAAUCUCAGGAAGGAGGUCCACAGACUCCACAAGAAGCUCAAUCGCCUGUCCUGCAGCGCCAGCACAAGCCACGAUACAAUUGCCAGCACCAGCCACGAUCCCAGCACCAGCCACGGUCCUAGCACCAGCACCAGUCAAAACCCUAGGCUGACAAAAUUAAAGCACGAUCUCGAGAAGGCCGAGAAGAAGCUGCGAAGAGAGCUCGAGAAAGACCACAUCAAACCACUCCAGGACUGCCUUCAAGACCUAGAAAAGAACAACAACGAUUGGUGCAACAAGUGCGACCAGGCACUGACGGUAGUGCGCAGCCAUCUCGAGUCUCCUGUCUGUGAUGCCAUCGAACGUGCUCGCCAAGGCGACUUGAGCGGUCCCGAGGAGAAGAGAAGUGGCAAGAGGAAAUACAACGUCGUUAUCGUCAUCGAAUUGACUCGAACCUUCGGACAACUGGUAGCCGUCGUCACCGUCAAGGUCUCGCCAACCCUUGGAAAGUUGAUGAUUGUCAUUACCGUCAAGAUCACCCUGAACUUUGGACCAUUGAUGAUUGUCAUCACCGUCAAGAAGUCUCUGAUCCUUGGGGAAUUGAUAGACAUCGUUACCGUCGAGGUUCCCCUGACCCUUGGGAAAUUGAUAGACGUCGUUACCGUCGAGGUUCCCCUGACCCUUGGGAAAUUGAUAGACGUCGUUACCGUCGAGGUCCCCCUGAACCUUGGAGAUUCUCUAGCUACUACCAACCCCCCGACCAGUAAUGGCACUGGAACACAGACUCAAGCUCAGACUCAGACUCCAGUUCAGACUCAAGCUCAUGUUCAGACUCAGUCUCAGUCUCAGACCGAGAGACGGGAUCAGACUCUUAAAUGCGAUGAAGUGUUCGAAGAUUUGUCUUGCAUCGCUGUGUGCUCGAGUGAUCUAGCCCAGAAGCCAACCAGUAUCGCCGCCGUGCCAGCGAGUCCAGCUGCGUGGCGUGUCAGCGACUCCUCUCCUCAAGAGGCUGGGCUGAAAAAGAGGAUGGACUACGAUCAAUGGGGUGGGCUGCCUCCUCCUCCCAACGAAGAGAAGGAUGCUCUCAAUCUCAGGAAGAAGAUCCACAGACUCCACAAACGGCUCAUUCGACUGUCCUGCGGCGCCAGCACGAGCAACUAUCCCAGCACCAGCACCAGUCAAAACACUAAGCUGGCAGAGCUAAAGCACAAUCUCGAGGAGGUCGAGAAGAAGCUGCGAAGAGAGCUCGGGAAAGACCAUCUCAACCAUCUCAAACCACUCCAGGAAUGCCUUCAAGGCCUAGAAAAGAACAAAAACGAGUGGAGCAACGUGUGCUACCAGACACUGACAGUAGCGCUCAACCACCGCCUCGAGUCCUCUGUCUGUGACGCAAUCGCACGCGCUCGCCAAGGCGACCUGAGCGGUCCCAAGGAGCAGGGGCUAAAGUCUAUCGUCGAUCAAUACGUGAAGAUGCAACGAAAGCAAAAGAGGCAUCAUGCUUGUCGACAUUUCGCUAAUCAUUGGAUCUAUGAUGGCCCUUGUAUUGGUGAAGGUUCCAAUAAACCCUGGAGAUGCUGCAGCUACUGCCUACGCCAAGACAUGUACCGGAACUGGAACAAAUACCCAAGCUCAGACUCGGACUCAAACUCAGACUCAGACUCAGACUCGAGCUCAAGCUCAAGCUCAAGCUCAGACUCAGACUCAGACUCAGACUGA